AUGAGCAUACCACGCCUUUCCAUACCUUCUCGGCAACGUGACCAUUGUACCACCGCCACCUCAGCCUUCGCCCGCGCUCAAUGGACACAACGACUCGCCCGCACCUCUCGCCAACCCUCUCCCACCGCAACAUCUACUCGCCCCUUCUCCACCACCCCCAUCCUGGCAAAAGACCACCACUUCGACACCCUCAAAUUCGUCUCCCGCCUGCGCGAAGAAGGCUUCACCGAACCGCAAGCCGUGGCCAUGAUGAAAGUGCUCUCCGACAUCAUCGAAGAAUCCAUCCAAAACCUCACUCGCACCAUGGUUUUGCGGGAGGACCAGGAACGCGCGACAUACACGCAGAAAGUCGAUUUCGCGAAACUACGCUCCGAACUGCUCUCCGCAGAUAGCACGGAAAGCAGUCUCACCCGCGGGACGCACGAAAAAUUGACGAACGAUCUCGCCAAGUUGAACUCAAGACUAAGGGAUGAAGUGCAACGUACGCAAGCGAGCGUGAGGUUGGAUUUGAAUCUGGAGAAGGGGAGGAUUAGGGAGGAGGCGAAUAGUCAGGAUUUGAAGAUCAAGGAGACCGAGACGCGGAUUGAGCAGGAGAGUGCGGCGUUGCGGGAGCGGUUGGAGGCGGUCAAGUUCAGUACGUUGCAGUGGUUGAUGGGCGUGUGUACGGGCACGGCGGCCAUUAUUUUGGGUGUUUGGCGGUUGUUGAUGUAACAACAACUAUGACAAUGACAUGCGUAUGGAAGAACCGUGUCGGUAUGUCAACAGCAAGUGGACAGUGUCAGUCACCAAGUUUGUUUGCUGAUGGUUUGCAGCCUUUAUUAAUCCUCCCCAGCAAUCACCGCCUUCCUGCGAUGUUUAUCCUCUAUACCUCCUGCUCCAACAGACCGUAUGCUAUCUCUCGUGGCUCAGGCUUUCCGCCACCGAUGCGUUGCUGCCAAAAUCAAUCUGAUUCACUCUUCCUAUCCAGCGAGAGGUUCUAAAUUGUCUCCAGAUUUACCACGUAUACUUUAAGUCGCCGGAAUGGAUCCGGUUACCGGUGACGUAUACGCAUGCACGCAACAGCUUCGCGAGUAUAAGAAGCGGCUGAUCCGCAAGAACGCAUAUCUAACC